AAUCUUCCAAAAAAAAAAAAAAAAAAAAAGAAUGAAGACAGACUUGGGUUUAAAUCUAAGCUAUACCACUUAAAAUGUGUUUGACCUUGGACAGAUUUAACUUCUCUAAUUUUGGCUUUCUUGUCUAUAAACUUAUUAGGGUUGUGAGGACUAAAUGAGAUAAUUCAAGUAAAAUGAGCAUAUAGUAAGCACUCAAUAAAUGGUAACUAUUGUUAUAAAAAUGUUUUGCUAUAAAGUAAUCUAUGCUACCAUGUGUUGUGAGGACUAAGUGAGAAGGUAUGAAGGUAUUGAAACAUUAGGUGGUACUCCUGAUCUGGUGACCCUUCACAGACCGUGAAGAUUUGUUUCUUCUAUGUGCUAUUGAUUCCUCCUACUAGAUCUUAUCCUGUGCGUCAUCCCCUUUGAGAUAAACCCUCAUGCCCACUAAGGUGAUAAUUAGCUAAUUAACUUAAGGUUCUAAUGGUAGAAAUCAAAUCUAUUGGAUUUCGUUAGACACCCAGGGUUCUGCUAGUACCCUCAAGGAACAUGGGCACUUAAGCAAUGGCCUUCUAGAGACCAUGUCUCUGCCUCUGUUGCCUAACCUGAGAAUGGUGGCCUGCCUGGCCUAUUAGACAGGGACAAUCAUUCUCUGGCAAGCUGGUGAGUUAUUUUAUGGCAGGAGGAGUCCAUGAUGGCCCUCAGUGUACUCAUAUAGGCUGUAGCUUGAUCAGCCUUUAUGGCACAUACUGUUUCUGGGGCUGGGACUGAGACCAUGGUGAUGUUGACAGACCUCCCCUCUUUAUCCCCAGUGAGUCCCAAAAGGGAGAUGGAUUUCCUUGAAGACUGGUUCAUCUAAUUCUUCAUCCAUAUGAUUAAAAGAGCACUUUCAAUAAUUUUCUCCACCUAGAGAUCCCUCUCCUCUCUAUCCUUCAGCUCCAGUGUGGGACUUUUCUCUAACCCCAACCUGUUCUUCAAUAAGCCUGUUACCUCUUCCUUUGGAGCAGAACCAGUUUGAGAAGCAACUGUAGAAACAACAGGCCCUCCCCAGACACAAGAGUUCCUUCCUUUCUUCUCAUUGUUGCUCCUUUGUUCCUUCCUUCCUUCUUUCACUCAUUCACUCAUCAGACAUUAAGUAUCUCAUAUGUGCCAGGCAAUAGGGUUAAUAUAAAAUACAACUCCUACCAUCCAAGAGCCCCAUCUAGUAGAGGAAACAAACAUGUAAAUAAAUAAUGGCAAAUACAAAGAGGUGGUUGCUAUACAACAUAGCAGUAAGUAUUAGAAGUGUGUCACACACAAGAGGCACACUUUCCUCGAUGGGGGUGGGAGGGUUGUAAGGGAAAACUUUACAGAAACAAAAUUUGGGUUGAGGGGCGACCAAGUGUGAGAGAGGGCAUUCCAGGGAGGAUCAGUCACCAGCCAGGAAGGGAACUGUAGUAGACUAGAAUAGCCUCAGCAUUGGGCUGUUUCUGAAAGUGGUGAGAGAGGGGACUGGAGAAGGCAGGGUGCAGCUUUUGAUGAGCCUUGUAAACCACGUUAAGAACUUUGAGCUUUAUCCAGUAGGCUUUCAUAUGCAUUUGAGUGGGCUCGUUCAGGCCGCAGGGAGGAGAAAGGAGAGACGGUUGGCUGCGACCGACUGUUCAAGCAAGAAUUGCCGAGAAUCUGAAUUUAAAGGGCAGUGGAAAUAGUGAAGGCAGUUUUGUGCGGGUUUUCGCGGAGAGGCGGAGAGUGCUUCAAAUAAAAAUUCUUUUCUUCCCCUCUGCCCUUUUCUAACUUAGAGGUGGGUUAGGAUAUUCAGCUUGAUCCCCUUUCCCUCGGGUUUUGUUUCUCAGGUUGCUGCGGGUCACGCAUCAUCCACCCUCAGUCCUCUGCUCAGCACAACAAUCUCCUCCCGUUUCCAAACUGCUCUCUUCAAAUCCUCUUUUGUGCCUGGGUUUUUGGCCGGGGAAUCGGGGGAGAAAGCAGAGGUAACUAAGUUGGCCAAAGGUUUCUGGAUAUAAUAAAAGCACCGGCACCAGUGGUUAAAUGCAACAGUUGCUAAGAGCAGAGCACGCUCGGAGAAGCCGGGACCUGCCCGCCUCCUGCGGCAGCACUCAGAGAGGCGGGGCUGAGGCGGGGUUUAGGGCGGAGCCUCAGCCGGGAACCGUGGGGAGGGGCGGGACCGGGGGAGGAGUUUUAGCCCGAGCCCGCGGGUCCCUUCGGCGAUAGAGCAGGUCGGAGCUGGGGGCGGAUUCGGUUUGAGAGGGCGAAGUUUGAGUCGAAGAUUGCAGGCUUUUUGCCUCGGCAACGGCGGAGUGGAGCUGGGUCAGGGGCGGAGUUUUAAGGCCAGUCCUCGGGUUCUGGUCUUUGAUUGAGCGGGGCGGCUCCUGGGGCGGAUCCCGGGGCGGGUCCAGCUUUGCUUUUGACAGCUCUCUCGCGCACAGCCGCAGCCGAAUCCGAUAGGUUUGGGAACCUGUGGCCCCGCUCUCCGCGCGUCCCCGUUCCCCCGUGGCCCUGGCCCCGGCCAUGCAGCGCAUCUUCUCCUGCUCCAGCUCACAGGUGGCGGUGGAGAGAUGGAACCGCCGUGAUCAGAAGCUGCUGGAGGCAGUGCAGCGGGGGGACGUGGGACGCGUGGCUGCCCUGGCCUCCAGGAAGUCGGCCCGACCCACCAAGUUAGACUCAAACGGCCAGUCCCCGUUUCAUCUGGCAGCAUCCAAAGGCUUGACGGAAUGUCUGACUAUACUGCUUGCAAAUGGGGCUGACAUCAACAGCAAGAAUGAGGAUGGAAGCACCGCCCUGCACUUGGCCACCAUCUCCUGCCAGCCACAGUGUGUCAAGGUCCUGCUGCAGCAUGGUGCCAAUGAAGAUGCUGUGGAUGCAGAAAAUCGUAGUCCGUUGCACUGGGCAGCCUCCUCUGGCUGUGCCUCAAGUGUGCUCCUGUUGUGUGACCACGAAGCCUUUCUGGACGUCCUGGAUAAGGAUGGACGUACACCCCUGAUGAUUGCAUCACUGGGUGGUCACACAGCUAUCUGCUCACAGCUACUACAGAGAGGCGCCAGAGUUAAUGUCACGGACAAGGAUGACAAAUCGGCUCUGAUCCUGGCCUGUGAGAAAGGCAGCGCUGAGGUGGCUGAACUGCUCCUGAGCCAUGGAGCGGAUGCAGGGGCGGUGGACAGCAUGGGGCAUGAUGCUCUGCAUUAUGCUCUACGCACACAAGACAAGGUGCUGUGGAGGCUGCUGCGGCAGGCCCUGAACCGGCGGCGGCAGGGAGGUCAGGGACUAGUUCAACAUCCAGAUCUUGCAUCUCAGGCCUUUCCAUCUGAGCCUCAGGUGGGUUCUCCACCAAAGAGCCCAUGGAGAGCGGAGGCUGAGGAGGAGCAGGAAGAAGAGGAGGAUGAAGAAGACCCAUGCUCAGAUGAGUGGAGGUGGAAGUAUGAAGAGGAGCAAAGGAAAGUUUCUCAGUUGGAGCAGAAGCUGAUACGAAAGACAGAAGAGUGUAAAGCUCAAGCUGCAGCUUACUUGGGCCUGGAGAACCAGAUUCGAGAGCAGGUGCAGGAGCUGGGGUUCCUUCUAUCCCAAGAGCCUGGAGCUCCAGGAGAGCAGGGCACUAGUCUCCGGCCUGGAGGAGAUGGCAUGGAGCAGGGUUGUCCCCUGGACCUGCUGGCUAAGCACAUACAAGAGCUAAAGAAGCAGCAGCGAGCAACAGCUGCAGCCACAGCAAACCCAGUAUUAGCCUCCAAGAAGGCAGAGGAUUCAGCCCCAGGGGAGAUCCAGUAUGAAGCCCAUGUGAAGUCCCAAACAGAAGAACAGGGGCCACCCCAGAGCCCAAGGUCUGAUACCAUUGGGAAAACCACAGGACAGCAACUUACCACCAAUGGUGGACAGUCCCUUGGCCCUGAUCAUACUGACCAGCAGCAUGCUGACCGGAAGGAGAGGCCCCAGACCCCAAGGGCUGAACCAAUAGGCACAGAGGCUGAACCAGUGGGCACAGCAGCCAUGAACCAGCUCCUGCUACAACUAAGGGAGGAGCUGGCUGCAGUGUGGCGAGAAAAGGAUGCUGCCCGGGGGGCUUUGUCAAGACCCGUCUUGGAGGGAGCUCUGGGGACACCCCGGGCUGAGGCUGCAGCAGCUGCCUGGGAGAAGAUGGAAGCCAGGCUGGAGCGGGUGCUGGUGAGGCUGGAUUGGGCAAAGGCAGGACUACAGAUGAAACCUGAGGCCCCUGCCCAGGAGCCCAGAAAGGGAGCCCCAAAGGCAGGCCUAGGGACCAUCGCCAAAGAGGAUGAAGGAAGGGAGAAAAGGGUUCUUGGGGCCCAGGGACAGCCUCUAUGGGUGCCUGGAGGGGAACAGAUGCCUGGAGGAGGCCUGGCAAAGGGACAGCUGGAGAAGGAGGUAUCAGCACUGAGACUGAGCAACAGUAACUUGCUGGAGGAAUUGGGAGAGCUGGGGCAGGAGCGGCAGCGGUUGCAGAGGGAGCUGCAGUCACUGAGCCAGCGGCUGCAGCGGGAGUUCGUGCCCAAACCAGAGGCACAGGUCCAGCUACAGCAGUUGAGGCGGAGUGUGGGGCUGCUGACAGAUGAACUGGCAAUGGAGAAGGAGGCCACGGAAAAGUUGCGGAAACGCCUGGCCUCCCAGAGCAGUGGCCUCCAAGGGCUGUGGGACUGCCUUCCCCCAGAUCUAGUGGGCAAGGGGAGCGCACGAGGCACAGUGGCUGAGCCCUUGGAGGAGCUGCAGGCCUGCAUCAGCACCCUGGUGGACAGGCACUGUGAGGCACAGCAGGUGCUGGCUAGGUUGGAGGAGGAAAAUCAGCAGCUGCGGGGGUCCUCUGCCACACGUGCAGAGCCAGGCUCCUCCUCAAAGGACCCAGCAUCCCCCCAAGUGGCUGCGCUGGAGCAAGACUUGGGGAAGCUGGAGGAAGAGCUGCGGGCUGUUCAGGCCACAAUGAGUGGGAAGAGCCAGGAGAUCGGGAAGCUGAAGCAGCUGCUUUACCAAGCCACAGAGGAAGUGGCUGAGCUGAGGGCCCGGGAGGCAGCCAGCUUGCGGCAGCAUGAGAAAACUCGGGGCUCACUAGUGGCCCAGGCCCAGGCUUGGGGUCAGGAGCUAAAGGCUCUGCUAGAAAAGUAUAACACAGCGUGCAGGGAAAUGGGUAGGCUUCGGCAGGCUGUGGCGGAGGAGCGCCGCAAGAGUGGAGACCUGGCUGCACGGGCUGCUGAGCAGGAGCGACAGGCCAGUGAGAUGCGCGGGCGCUCAGAUCAGUUUGAGAAAACAGCGGAGCUGCUGAAAGAGAAGAUGGAGCAUCUCAUUGGGGCUUGCCAGGACAAGGAGGCCAAGAUCAAGGAAUUGUUGAAGAAGCUGGAGCAGCUUUCAGAGGAGGUCCUAGCAGUUCGGGGAGAAAAUGCUCGCCUUGCCCAGCAGCUGCAGGAGUCCCAGAAGAACCACGAAGAGAUCAUCUCCACCUACAGGAAUCAUCUGCUGAAUGCUGCUCAGGGCUACAUGGAACAAGAUGUGUACCAUAUCCUACUGCGAAUCCUCAGCAUGCAGGAGGACUGAGGCAGCCUGUGCCCUGAGGGAUUCAGGAUUUCUCUGUUGGAACAAGAGCAUUCCUUGUUGCCAGAGGCUCCAUCAGGCUGUGGUGGGUGGGCGGUUGGCUACUAGGGGUGGUAUGGGUAGGGCUUCACCUGACAUUAUGGACCCCAGACCUGAGAACCUGAAGCCUAGAAUCAGCAUGGAUGAGACCAGCGGAGGUGUGGAUGGAAGACAUCUCUAUGGAAAAUAAAACAGGAGGCAGGAUGGUG